AUGGAAGGGAUUGACGAAAGUGACAGAAAGUUGCUUUUGCCCAAAGCCUCCCAACUUAAGUCCAUGAUUAGUCGAAAUGUAACAGGCAUAGCCAGCAGGAAGUACUCGAAUGUAGAGAAGAAAUGUAUUCGCGAGAAUGAUUUGCCGUCAUGCUCUGAUGACAUCACAUUCAUCAUUUUCGACAACAACCUCAACAUCAACAACAACAACAUCAACAAUCUCAACAACUACAACAUCAACAACAUCAUCAACAACAACAACAACCUCAACAUAACAUCAGCAACAACAAACAACAGCACAAAACACACACAUACACAUUAUUUAAUAUCCAUGUCUUCGUGUCUAUGA